UUUCUAAACGAAGCUGUUGUCAAUGCUAACCUUGGUUAUAAAAGUAGGAACUAAGCCAAUUAGGAUAAACAUGCUAACUGAUGAUUGACUGAGUACUUGCCAGGAAGAUGACCACAAGUUUAACGACAAGAAAGUAAAAAACGUAGAAGCCAGCGAGGAUAUGAUAGAGACAUGAACUCCAAUGCAGUUUCUCAGAGGGGUCAACCCGGCGGCUUCUAUGAGCAAGGCAGCGCAUGAGUGGAGUGGUUGCAGUUUGUUUGCUUAUCAACAACCAGAUGUCGCUAUCAUUUUGAAAUUUCUAAUUUUUUAAUUAAUGCUGCAAGCUCAUGGAAUGUUCCCACGGUGCAAAUCAAUCAUACAAAAAGUCUUCGGCAGAACAUUUCCAUCUCAAGCAAAUGAAAGGUUGAGCUGAAGAAGAGAUUUGAUACUAAGAGAGAGCCAGAACCAGCAACACCUGCAAGUUUUUUUAUCAGCUGUUGAUCUAUCAAAGAACAUCAGCCAACGAGAGGGUACAGCGACAAGAUGGAGGCAAUUGUACUUCUCCUCAUAAAGAAGAUCAGUGUUGCGCUGGGGACAGAAGCGAUGACUGCUAUCACCAGCUUAUUAGCAAAGGAAGUCUCACUUGUGGCACAAAUUCCUAGUACCAUGAACCGAAUAAAGGGGGAAUUUGUUGUCAUGAAAGCAUUCUUAAAACAAGUAGAUACGCAAAAGGAGAAGAGCAGCGCCCUUCAGGCUUGGCUGGAUCAAGUACAGAAUACAGCAUUUCGGGUUGAAGACAUCAUCGAUGAGUACUCCUAUCUCAUUGGUGAGCAGUACAGAAGUGGAUUCAGAGGUUCAGUGUACAAUUAUAUUCACAAAGCAAAACAUGCACUAGCGUGGCACAGGGUUGCUGCUCAACUACAAGAAAUAGAGUCUGACCUUCGACAAAUAUCUGAAAUGAGGACUCGAUAUGACAUUAAAACAGACGAACACAUAAAUCAUGCUAUCACAAGAGAUUUUCAUCGAGCAGACUCCUCAUAUUCAAUUGCUGAUGAUGAGCUCGUGGGAAUCAGAGAAGAAAGGGAACAGCUGCUUGAGUGGUUGACUGAUAAAAAAUCGGCUUGCAGCAGAGUCGCGAUAUGGGGAAUGGGCGGUUUAGGGAAGACAACCCUUGUUACCAACAUUUACAAAAGUCCAAUGAUACAAAAACACUUUGAUUGUCAUGCAUGGAUCACUGUCUCGCAGAAUUAUAGCAGUGAAGACCUUCUAAGGAAAAUUUUGCUAGAAUUCCUUGAGAGGAAGCAGACAAAGUCACUUGAGAUUGACACCAUGGCUCAUAGAACCUUGGUGGGAACACUGAGAAAUUUUCUACAGGACAAGAAGUACAUACUCGUCUUAGAUGAUGUAUGGAAUACAAAUGCAUGGUAUGGUAUAAAGCAUGCUUUGAUUGACACCAACCGAGGAAGCAGAAUAGUAAUAACUACCCGGAUCAAGGAUGUAUCUUUGCUUGCAUCUAAAAAUCGUGUUCUGGAAUUGCGGAGUCUUGAACCAAAAGAAGCAUGGGAUCUCUUCUGCAGGAAGGUAUUUUGGGAGGAUGAAGAUAAGAAGUGUCCGGAAGUGCUAGAGCCAUUAGCAGAGAAGAUUGUUGGAAAGUGUCAAGGCUUGCCGCUGGCCCUUGUGGCUAUAGGCAGUCUCCUGUCACUCAGAGAAAUUAACAAGGAGGAAUGGAGAAAAGUCCACGACCACCUCAACUGGGAGCUGACAGAUAAUCCAUACUUGAAUGUAAGACAUACUUUAAACCUCAGUUUCAUUUAUCUACCAGAUUAUCUGAAAAACUGCUUCUUAUACUUGAGCAUAUUCCCGGAGGAUUAUGAGAUGAAGAAGAAGAAACUAAUAGAGCUGUGGGUAGCAGAAGGUUUCAUUGAAGAGAAGGGGGCAAAGACAAUGGAGGAGGUAGCUGAAGAGUACUUUAAUGAACUCAUUCAUCGAUGUAUGUUACAAGUUGUGAAGAGGAACCUCACAGGAAUGGUUAAAACUUGCCGGAUGCAUGACCUUGUUCGUGAGUUGAAUGUAUCCACAGCUAAAGCAAAGAGGUUCUCUGCCACCUAUGAUGGCACAGAAGUAGCACGCCUUGAUGGUGAAUCUCGACGCUUGUCACUUCACAGUACAAGCCAUACUAUGCAAUUGUCCCCGAGUUUGUCAAGCCUUCGAUCAUUCUUCAUAUUUGAUACUAUGACUCUGUUGCAGAGAACCUGCAGAUCAGGGAAGAAAGAAGAAGAAGAGAAGAAGAAGAGAAGAAGAAAAGAAGAAGAAGAGAAGAGAAAAGAAGAUUCGAGAGAGAAGAAGGAUAAUUUGGCCAAAGAUGUCCUCUCUUUCAUUCCUCAUUCCACUUAUAUGCAAAUCCUUACAGAAUCAAGUCAACCUCCUGUGCAUCAGACUCCUGCUUCAUUGCUGGCUUCAGUGAUAAAACAAUUUAGACUGUUAAGAGUCUUAUAUCUACAAGAAGUCCCGAUUGAGGUAGUACCAGAGGAGGUAUUUAAUUUGUUUAACUUGCACUAUCUGAGUUUGAGGAAGACGAAGGUAAAAGAGCUUCCAAAUUCCAUAAUAAAGCUUCGCAAUCUACAAACUUUGGACCUUGCUCAAACCAAUAUAGAGAAGCUCCCCCGUGGAAUUACUGAACUAAAGAAGUUGCGGAAUUUGUUUAUUUAUGAGCCAACUAACAAAAGGGCUGUACCAGCUCCCAAAGGAAUGUGGGAGUUAAAAGGCUUACAAACUCUUCAGUAUGUGGAAGUCAAUGGGAGGUUCAUAAGACAGAUUUCGAACCUAACACAAUUAAGAACCUUGGGAAUAACCUCCGUUAAAAGCAUCCAUUGUGCAGAACUAUGUGCCUCCUUAACAAAGAUGCGGCUCCUCACCAAGUUGACUGUUUUAGCAUAUAAUAAAGAAGAAACACUUGAGUUAGAAGCUCUAAAUCCUCCACCAUAGGCAUUUGAAAAGUUGUAUUUAAUAGGGAAACUAGCAAGAGGAUUAGAGAUCCCCUUGUUUUAUAAUCUUGGUACCACUCUCAAGUACUUAAAUUUGGGUUGGUCUGGCUUGAGAGAAGAUCCACUUCCAUCACUCUCCCAAAUGUCAAACCUGGUUGUUCUCAGCCUUGUUAAAGCAUACGAAGGUAGACUAUUGAAGUUUUCUACCGGAUGGUUUCCAAAGCUCAGAGAUCUUUAUUUAGGUGAAAUGGAAAACCUCCAGAGGCUAGAGAUACAAAAUGGGUCACUGCAAAGCCUGGUACGCUUGAUACUAUGUUAUCUGACAGGAAUGAAAGGUUGUCCUUUAGGCAUACAAUUCCUUGACAAGCUUGGGGAAUUUGACAUGCUAAAUAUGCCCAAGAAGUUCAUUGUGGAUCUUCAAGGAAGUAGCAGAAAUUGCGUUAAGCAUAUCCCAAACAUCACUCAUUAUUUUGAAAGAGGAGGUUAGUGGUUCAAAAAGAGUCUUUCCCAACAUGGAAGCACCUCUUGUGUAGAUAUGCUAGGUGCUCCCAGUGCCAAUAGAGGUCUACAGGAGAAAGAAGCUGACAACACUCAAGUGAAUGAAAGAGAUGUGAUUGUUUGAUCUACGGGCUAUACGAAAGGCAAAAAUUGGCAAGAGGUGUAAGAAGUUUGUUACGCCAGAAUUUAUAUUCCAGUUUUUACAAGAAUUCUGUACCUUGGUUGCCUUUUUUUUAUUUCUUUCUUUUCUGUGAGUAGUUCCUCCAAAAACCUUGAAAAGUCGUACUUCAAUGUGCAGAGAACUAGAACCCUGCGCAAAUAUUUGUAAUAAAGUAGUACACUCUUCUCUCUUUCUUUCUUUCACUGUUGUUGUUGUUACUGCUUGACAAUAAAGAAAGUUUUGCUUGGACCAUUGCAUGAA